AUGCAGAACAUACCAGGCUUGUCCUUCUUUGACGGCCUCACCCGCUCACGGCCAACCUCUUCCGUCUCAAACACAUCUCGCUCAACCUCAGCAACAUCACCCCCUGACACUCCCCUACGCGAUGCUGCCCCAUUCGCCUCUCUCCGCUCGCAUUCGCACCCUCUCAGUGGAAGCGAGAGCGGCCUCGACAGUCCAAGGGGUUCGUCAGGCGCCUUUGACGACCCACUCUCACCCUCAGGAACAGCACUCCCUGCAUCAUCGUUCUCAAGAAGGGCCGCCUCUGUCUCUGCUGCCUCAUCGCCUAUGCCUGGUCUCCCUACUCGACGAAUAAGCGGGAACACGACAGCGACCAGGUCCUCUAUUCUUUCCAAAGACAGCAUCUUUUCGGCUCCUAUUCUGAACCAACGACCAAGCAGCGCUGCAGAAAAUAGCACAAAGUCAUCAUCAUCGCCAGCAGCAGGAGGAAGAGACCGGAGUAGCUCAUUUUUAGGCAGAGAGAGCAAUGAACCCACUGCGAAGGAUGUGGCUCUAAUGGCCUUUGGAACUCAAGCCUUCGCUAUGCUGAAGCGGAUUCAAGAACACCCCAUCGAACUCGCAGAUAUCAUUCGUCUCUUGGUUACCAAAAAGGCCAUUUUGAUUCUGCCAACAUAUCCGGCAUCGACAGAGGAUCCGGUUCCUCAGCGUGCAUACUACGAGGACCACGUCAUCAUCCCUGAGAGCAACUCUGGGGAAUCCCUCUUUGUGACGCUAAGUGGCAUCCGAGGUAUUCUAAAACCUGCGUCAUCAUCGAUAGCCCUUUUGGGUCUGGCGACAGGACAGGAUUUUGGCACCAUGGUCUCGGACGCCUCUGGACCCACCAAGCGAUCCUUCUUUGACAACAUUUCCAAAUCCGAAGGGGCUACGAAUACAAAAGCCGAGGAUGAACUGGAGCUGGUCAACUCGAGCAGGAAACCAGUGGUCAUUUUCGUUGAAUCUGUGGGAUCUAUCCAAGCACUGUUGGUCGACAAGAUGAUCCCUCGGCCGGAAGGAGAAGAGACUCCGACGCCCAUUGUCCCUCUGGCUUCAGGAAUUCUGUCAGUCAGGGAUCGAUCGGCAGCGAGGAGGACCGCCAGCUCUGCGAGUUCCGUGCGAUCUAUGAGCUUUGCAGAGGAGAAGGAAAAGGAUGCGACACCUUUGCCAAAGUUGCCCAAGAUUGCGUCCGAUGUUCCCUUGGAGUGGGAUAAUAUGAUCCGAGAUCUGGAGAGGUACCUUAUGGUGAUAAAGCUGAGAAAGAGCCCUUUGCCUAAUGCCGAUCGCUAUGCGAAUGAGUUUCAACGGAAAUACGACGAAGUCCGUCAUCGCUUCGAGGUGUAUGGAUCUGCAUCAGGAAUGAACAAUAGAUGGACUGAGCGCGACUUUGAUGAGGUGCAGCAGUGGGUGGAGGCAUGGCUUUGUCGCGAGAUGUACUCGGUUAUCUUUCCGCAAUCAGUCGACGGACCAAAUAGCCAGGAUUAUCUACAGGACGAGCAACUGCAGGCCAAGAUUGCGGCACUCAACUUUUUGGAUCUGACACUGGAGCACCUGGGCUUCGUCUUGGAGCACCCCGAGGAUGUUGAGCACAUCGCUCAGGUCGUCCGCGAGGGAGGUCUCGAGAUGCAAAAGUUGGCGCUGGUCAAGUCUCCGACGGACAAGAUGAACGUCAUCCUUUCCUCACACCGCGUCGUUGUUGAUGCGUUGAAUAGAGAGCCUGCUGUUCAGGAAAUGCUAGCAGAGGCAGAGCAACCUGCAGAAACACCCGCCGUGACAACAAGCGGUGAAACUCAGGAUCCUGUGUCAGUCGCUGCAUCUUCAACAAAACCCAUCAACCCGACUGGCGAAUCGAAAGUGACCGAGAACAAACCCUCUUCUCCCACCAGCACCAAGAACAAGCGGCCCAACAUGCCUAAGAUCAUGAUGGACGGUGACAUUCCUCGAGGCAACUCUCCACUAUCGCCAGGAGUCCGCCAGGUCAAGAUCCCUAUGGAUGAGGGGUAUGAGCGUCGGUCACUGGCGGAUGAUGACGAAAGCGCCAGUCGACCCGUGUUAAAGGCAGAAACUGCCGAGACCCUCGAGGCGGCAGUUGCAUGUAGCAGCCCAGAUGCAGAGCAAAAGCAGGACAACACCAAGGACGAGACCAAGAGUGAUACCACGACAGAGGUCAAUCCAGCCAACGUCGCAUUGCCCAUGAGCCCUGCCCCCCUAGAAGAAUCGUCAACCCUGUCAAUUGUCGUCCCUGAAAUCGUAGAGGCGGAACCAGCAUCAACAACAACUAAGACAGAACCGGUAGCAGCAACAGAUAGUGCUCUCCCAGUCUUACCUUCUUCUCGCAAGCAGUACAGUGCCGACGUCUUGCUGCCGUUGCUCAUCUUCAGCGUCGUCAAGAGUAACCCGCCCAUGCUAAUCUCGAACCUUAGGUAA